AGCCAUUUUGGCCCAAUGGCCCGGCGGGCGUCGGCAAAGCCGGCGCAGUGGCAGUUGCCCGCGGCGCUGGCGUGCCUGGGGCUCGUGGCCGUGCUUAUCUUCCUGAGCUCCGCGGCUCACGGCCACGGCCUCAUCAGCAGCGCCGACUCCGAGCACAAGAUCGGCUUGAAACGGCUUGGCCAGAGCAUUCUGAAGGCGCAGCAGUCCUCCUCCUCGCAGCUCGUGGUCUUCGCCGACAAGGACGGCCAUGCAGCCGUCCCGACCAAGAAGCCUCCCGCCGCGGGGGACUUCCGGGUGCAGUUCGACGUGGUCACGGAGGACGGCCCAGGCAAGUUCGUCGUGCGGGUCCACGAGGACUGGGCGCCCGCCGGCGCCGCGAGAUUCAGGCAGCUCGUUGAGGCGAAGUACUACGACGACAUCCGCUUCUUCCGGGUCAUCCCCACAUUCAUGGUGCAAUUCGGCAUCAGCGGUGACCCGGCGUUGAAUUCGGAGUGGAGGGCCCAGCCGAUCAAGGACGACUCCGUGAAGCAGUCGAACAAGCCUGGGUACGUCACGUUCGCCAAGACGGGUGCUCAGAGGCGAAAGACAUGUCGAUGCCGAUGCCCUUCCCUCGGUUUCUCUUUCUGGGGCCUCCUGUUCACCACCCGCCAAACCACCCCGACCCGACCCGAAGGCCUCAAUUUGCC